UAAUACAGCAACUGACGUCACAAAUAACGAAACUUAACAUCGACUACGUAUUUUUGCAAAAAUACCGAAGUGACCCCUACACCAAAAAAAAAAGUUCGCGAACAGUAAUCGAAUUGAUACCCACCAAACUGUUUUCUAUUUUAGGUCCAGCUAUGUAUCGAACGGUGUUCAGUGAAAAACAAAGGGAUUCUAAUGUUGUUUAUUAUUGACCUUAAUUAUAUUAGAUAAACAACUGAAGGGAGAAGAAACGGAUGUGAGUCGAAAUGGCAAGUUUCACAGCACAGGCUGCCUUGAGGUCCAAAUGGAGCAAUUUGAUCGAAGAACAUCCCAUAGAAGUACCAGCAGAAGUGUCGAGUAAGGUCACCAGCGUAGUAGGAUGGUUGAAGCAGGCUUCCCUGGAAGUUCGGGCUGCAGGAAGAAGAGCAGUCAACACAAUAGCCGGAAACAUGGGCGAAAAGUUGGUCAUUCUGCACUACAACGACGUAUACAACGUAGAAGCCAGACCAUCCCCUGAACCUGUAGGUGGCGCUGCUAGGUUCUGCACGGCCAUCAAGAGCUUCCAACAUCUAAACCCCCUAGUCUUGUUCAGUGGAGAUGCUUUUUCUCCAAGCAUGCUGAGCACCUUCACCAAAGGCGAACAAAUGGUACCAGUCCUGAACGAGAUCGGCACACAUUGCGCUGUCCUAGGAAACCACGAUUUCGAUCACGGUCUCCAAGUUUUGUCCCAGUGGGUGCCGAAGUGUAAGUUUCCCUGGCUCAUGUCCAACGUUCUGGACAACGAGACUGGAAGACCAUUGGGAGAGGGACGUAUAACCCACGUGGUGCACUGGGCUGGACACCGAAUAGGCCUCAUAGGUCUGGUGGAGAAGGAGUGGUUGGAAACGCUGGCCACCAUCAAUCCAGACGAGACCACUUUCUUCGAUUUCUGCGAGGCUGGGCAAAAACUUGGCAACCAACUGAGAGAAGAGGGCUGUGAUUACAUAAUAGCGCUAACACACAUGAGAACCCCAAACGACAUCAAGUUGGCCGAAAACUGCGACCAAAUCGACCUGAUCCUAGGAGGCCACGACCACGUAUUCGAAGUUCUGCACGUCAACGGAAAGUACAUUAUAAAGAGCGGCACAGACUUCAGGAACUUCAGCAAAAUCUCUGUAAAUUUCGAAAAGACCUCCUCAGGACGUCCAGAGGUCGCAAUCGAAGAGGUCCAAGUGACCAGCGCCUUUCCUGAAGAUCCCGUGUUGAAGGAGAUAGUGGAGAAGUAUACGAGUGUAAUCGAGAGCAAGAUGAACGACGUGCUGGGAUGUUUCUCUGUUCCACUGGAUGGUAGAUUUACCGCCAUACGGACAUCUGAGUCAAACCUUGGAAAUUGGGUUUGUGACGUUGUAUUAGCGGCUACCGGAGCUGAGUUGGUAAUAUUGAACUCAGGUACCUUCAGAUCAGACCAAGUACAUCCCGCUGGUGAUUUCACAAUGAGAGAUCUGACCAACAUUAUUCCCAUGAGGGACCCCAUAGUAGUAUUAAAAGUUAAAGGCGAGGAUCUGUUGGCUGCCCUGGAGAACGGAGUGUCCAUGUACCCCAAACUGGAGGGUAGGUUCCCCCAGGUGGCAGGGAUCAGCUUCGCCUUCGACCCCAGCAAACCACCGGGACAGAGGGUGGACCUCGCACUCGUCAGGAUAGGCGACGAGUACCUGCAGCUUAAGCAGGACUAUAAACUGGCUACCAAGAGCUACCUUCAUAACGGUAGAGACGGCUUCACUAUGUUCGAGAAUGCUGAAGUUUUGGUCGAUGAAGGAGAAUGUCCUGAACUAGGUAUGGCUAUACAAAAUCACUUUCAAGCUAUUAAUAUGAGAUUAGGAAAGACUAAGAAGCAUUCAAAACAUAGGCAAUCUCUGGUAACAUUAUCUAGAAGGCACAGCUUAGUGAAACUUUCAGAUGGAAAUGAAUUAGAUGGGCCCCCACCGUUAAGAAGGUCAAGUAGAGUCCCAGUAAACACCAACAUAGUACCAAUCUCUAAACUUACACGGAGACAGUCACUAGACGAUUUGGAACAAGAAUCCUGUCAACUCAUACCAAAAAUAGACCAACGAAUCAUUAUCAUCAACAGCGAAGAGAAACGGAAAGAAUUGAUUGAUUUGCGAGAGAGAAUAUUGGAUAAUAACGCAAUAAUUGAAAUGGCAGAGGAGUAUUCGGUUCAAAACUAAUUCAUAUUGGAGGGGAGAUUUACCACAACGAUAUUACUCAUCAUUUUUAGAGUUGGAUUUCUUCAGAUUAUACAGUAUUCUCAGAUUUUAAUUGGAUAAUUAGAUAAGAUAGCAUGCUGCCUGCGUAUAUAUAUUUUUUCUACUUUUUCCUCACAAAAUUUAGGAAGGAGCUUUUAAAGGGUUUUGCGACACCCGCUGUCAAUAUGUUAUUUUAUAAAAAUGAAAACUAGAAGGCCAUUAUUUGUUUAUUGUUAAUUCAACGGCUGCCUAAAUAUACUCUAUUUAAACACCAACAAACCAAA